AUGAAACGAAAGAUAAAACCAACUAAACAGCGAUUCGGUACAGUGGAAACUUUAGCUUAUUUCGUGUUUAGAGAAACGUGGCGUUUUGUUGUUGAAAAAUAUCGUCGUCGUCGUCGUCGUGUAGCUAAUUGCGGAAAUUGUAAACAAACUGGACCGAAAUUAUUUCGAUUUGCCUCGACAAACGCUUAA